CUCCACGCAGGCCACCAUCAUUUUCGUGUGCAGCUUCCGCCUCUGGACCGACAUGUAGACCCGCAAAGCUCGUGCACAGCUCGAGCGCCGCAUUUCCACGCAUCCGCGCGGCUCGUGUUUUCGGCCAUGACGCGGCGCAAAGCGCGUGCAUGAGCGACGAAAGUGUGGUUGGGUGGUCAUGGACCCAUUCAGCCAGCUCAUCUUCACCAUCUCGGUGACCAGCUUCCUCACCUUCCAGUGGCUUUACCACAAAGUCAGCCCAUGGGUGUCAAUACGCAUCAGCCCCGGCUUCCUCAGCCUCAGUGACAAACAGAGGGUGGAGUGGAAUUCAAGAACGGUGUCGACAUUUCAUGCACUGUUGGUGGGAAUCUUCUGCCUGUACAUCCUGUUCUUUGACAGUGCCGUCAAUGAAGACCCAGUAUGGGGUGAUCCUACGCUGGUGAAGAUCAAUGUUGCCAUCACAACAGGCUACCUCAUAUCAGAUUUGCUUCUAAUAUUUUACUUUUGGAAGGCGAUAGGCGACAAGUUUUUUGUAGUUCACCAUCUGGCAGCGUUGUAUGCUUACUACUAUGUACUGGGCCAAGGAAUGUUGCCUUAUUUUGCUAACUUCCGUCUGCUUGCCGAGUUUUCUACUCCAUGUGUGAACCAGCGCUGGUUCUUUGAGGUAUUAGGUUACCCCAAGUCCUCCCGGCCUAACAUGGCAAAUGGCGUUGCCAUGGCAGUUGUCUUUUUCCUGGUACGCAUUGCUGUCAUGCCAGUCUACUACAGUCGUAUGUAUAUGGUGUAUGGCACCGAAGCCUUCUACCUGGUGCCCUGGGGUGGCCGUGUAGCCUGGAUCUGCUCCAGUAUCUGCUUGGACAUCAUGAACAUUAUGUGGAUGCACAAGAUUGCCCGUGGCUGCUACAAAGUUCUACGCUCGGCACGCCGGAGGAAAGCCGAUGCACCUCAGGAGAAUGGCAAGAUGGAUUAAGGAAGCCAAGUCUGCACAAAAGAAACAAAAGGAAAUGGACCACACCACUCAGUGCACUGGUGAGCCAAAAUUUAGACCCGAGAGACAAGUAGCAGUUAACACAGGAAGAACGGCAUUACUGGAACCAGGUAAAAAGUGGGCACAGUUGCUGAGAUGUAAGCCGAUGGACCACUUUAUUGGCCAUCACUAUGCCAUCAAAUGAACUAGCAAUACUCCAAGUGCAUGGCCGAUUAUUUUUCUCAAACAAUUUGCUACUUCAACCAAUAGCUCCUUCUGGGACAUAAGACUAUCCUAAAGACAAAAUGUCAAAAAAUGUUUACGUUCAUCAUACUUGCAGCUCCUCAAAAGACAUUCUUUUUUAUGAUUGCUUGGAACCAACUUCUGAUUCUUAUAAUCCCUCAUGUCAUUAAUUUGUGACAUAGGAAUGAUUUAAAGGAACAUCAAAGUAGUAAGGUUCAAUACAUAUAAGUUUUGUUUGAGCCUAAUAUAGGAGUGGGUACCAGCACCUCAUUUCCCCCCAAGUAAAUCUAAACACUGGUUUGCCAGGGAUGAGAGCAGUUUCCAACAAUUUUAAUUAAAGAGGAUCUGAAUAAACCGGUUCUUCACUCGGGCGCCAUCAUCCAGUCAAGACAUUUCUUUCAGAGUUUUGAAGAAGUUUAAAGGGAUUUCAUAGGAUGUAUUACUUUAAAUAAUGUAGAGCUGAAGCGACACUGGUACGAUGGGUUAUAUUUUUGAGUUUUUAGAAUAGAGAGAAGUUGUUGCAAAUCAUUUCUAAUUAAAAGGAGAAUGAUGUAUAAAGUACCUUUGAGUGUAAAAGGGAACCUGAAUGUCAGUGCUGUUUGUACGCUGUCAUUAAGCAAUGCAAAUAUUUCAUUUUCUGUAAAAUAUAUAUAAUACGUAUAUAUAUUUUUAAGCAACAGUUGACAUAUUUAUAAAUCCACAUGAUUUAAUGUUGAUAAAAUGUUAUUUCACUGAGUGCCCAAAUGCAUCAUAAAAUAUGACCACAGAGAUGAAAAUAUGUUAGAGAUAUCAAUGUUUUACUUAUUUCACAUUGUGCAGUGCAUGUUUAGAAUUGAAAUCAGGGUUCCAAUGAAUUCUUCUUCAUGUUGUGGAGAAACAACUAAUCAAAAAAGAAAGAAAAGGCAACAGAUUGCUUUUCUUGUUUUGUUCAUGAUGUGGCACCACAGUCAGAGCUGCCAACUUUCCACCCUGCCUCCAGCAUCCAUCAUCGGGUAUUGGUUAGAGACAACAUGAUCCUUUCGUAUCGGUAACGUCGUUAUUUUUGCCAAUAUAAAAGCUUUUAUUUUACCAAAUAACACAGAAAAACACUUUGGCUGUUUGAAAUGGUGUGAAAUGUUGUCCAACAGAAAGAGCAGUGUGACAGCAUUGUUUACAAAGCUGUCAAGCAUGGCUGGGACCCCCAUCACCAUCGGUCACAUUAGCUACCAUAGAUGGGGGCAAAGCGACCAAUUGCUGUUCAUUUUCAAUCAGAGUGGGUGUUUUAUAACGAUGACAGACAAGUGGUUGCUGUGGUAGGUGGGGCUCAAAUAGACAAGAACUCUAUUGUAUGCAAAUGCUGACUGAUGCGACAUGGCAGCUGCCAAUCCAAAUGACGGCGGGGUGAUGUACUUUGGUCGGUUGUUGGUUAUAUUUAUCGUUAUUCAUAAUUCACGUUCAUGUUUAAGCUGUAAACCAUCAAGCCUCAGUUGCAUUUCUUUGUUACAAGGGCGUGAUAACAAAAUAUUAGGAAUCGUUACCAUUGUUGAUGUAUAAAUUGGUAGAUAUUUCGGUAUCAUCCUCAUAUCCCCCCCUCCCCCCCCCCCCCCCCCAAAAAAAAAAAAUCCAUAACGGCCAGGCUCUAGUAUUGAUCAAAGUUUAUAUGUACAAAGUCAUGUAUUUGUUGGCAACAAGAAGAAGCUAUGUGGUUUGGUUUGCAUCAACCAUGAUGGAUUGGAUUUUUCACAAGCAGGUAAAAUUCAUCAUGUGGAUUAUUGUGGCAAAAAACAUUCUUCAUUAUUUUAUAUAUUGUUAAAAAUCGGCAAUUGAAUCUGAAUGUCUGCAUCAUUCAUGUGCUUGCAGCACAUUUUCAGUGUUAUUUUUCUUUUUGGACAUGAACAGGCAGGAAAGUUGCCAAUUCAAAUGGAUGCGUUUCUUACGCAUCAAGCAGUUUUUAGGAUGACAAAAUGGCAAGAAAAGGAACAGCUCACUUCAAGCGUUUGUGAGGUGGCAUGUGAAAUCUUUGAAUUCAAAGUCGUGAUCUCUUUAUUAUUGUUAUGCAUUCAGAAUUUUAAUUGUAAAUGUAUCUUUGUACAAGCUGUACAUCAAACGCUUCUCUCUGUUUUCAGAAGCAGGUUGGUAGCUUUUAAAAGUACGCCCUGUUAUUGACUUUUGUUAAACUUUUUUUUUUAUUUUGGGUUUCACAGUUGGCGUUUCACAGUUGGUAUUUAGUUGGCGUGAACAUCUCAAGUUUAAAAAAAAAAGUCUUGGUGGGGGGGUUAUUAUAUGUAUUUUCCAUGUCUGUCUGUUGAAUGUGAUGUUCGGUCUUUAACAGACGGGUUUGAAAUUAUAAUGGGACAAGCAUUCAUUUGGGUUAAUUCCUCUGCCAAAACCCAAAAUGCUCUUGAUGAAAUAAUUAUUUUAAAAUUUCCUGGCAUGCCUCCAAAAUGUUUUAUAUAUAUAUUUUAACAAUUUAAUUAUGAUCUUACCAUCUGCAUGUCUUAAACAGCCAGGUUAAAAUGAGGAAACAUGAAUUUGAGUUUGGAACAUCCUUACUUUCAAGCCAGAAUGUUUUAAUCCCUGCAACACGAAUGGAAAAGGCCCUUAAGGCAAGUGACCAUGUUAGUCUUAAAAUAUGGCAAGGUCACAUACAGUGCUGGUGAAUUGCCAACAUGAGGCAGCAGAAAGCGGAUGCACUAUAGGAGAAUUCAGGGAUUCUGAAAGUGACUUCAUUUUUGCGCACGCACAUGACACUGGCUGUCAACACAACAGCCAAGCGUGCCAUUGUGGGUAGUAUUUGAAUCUUAACUUGAUUCUAUAGACAGACAAAAUUAUGUUAAAUGUUUCAAUGCGUAAGGUGCCAAAGUUCAGCAAAAAUACCUCACCAAGCUUUGGUAAGGGACUAAAACCUGUUCCUGAUCCAUACAAAAUUCUAACAGAAAAAUGACAAACCGAUCAAGCUUGGUAUUCGGACAGUUAUAAGCUGUUUUGAGUGUGAAAACACCUUUAUUCAGCUCAAUGCCGACAUGGAAUUACAAAACCUUGGAGGUCUAAAGGUAUGCAGUGAUUGUUUGCAUUCCUUCCCCAUUGUCUGUUGAGCGCUGAAACAUGCGACGAUGUGCAAACACUGUUGAUUAUAGCGGUCUUAACUUUGCUGUGUCGUAGGCAGGCUACCUUUUAGAGCAUGAAGGAUGUUGCAUUGAAUUCUCCUGUAGACCAACAAAAAUGAGGUUACACACAAAACUGAAAUGAAAACAACCAUUUAAUGAAAUAAAAGUAAUCCGUAAUGUAAAAAAUACAAAAUUUUGACCUCACUGCUUCACCUCAGGGAGCUUUGGUGGCUGAUUUUCAUUUGUUUAAUUUGAUGUGUUUGCAUAUGUCCCUUAACUGUCCAGGAAAACCUCUCACAGAAGCUCCAGCUCUUAAAGGGAAGGAUGGAUGAUGUUCUGGUUGGUGUAAUUCAUUUUACAACCAUGAUAGACUAAUUAAUUGACUAAAUGCAACCUCUUUGCUUCCUCAUAUAUGCACUCUGUGAAUACCAAAGUGGAGUAGGAAAUGCCCUAAAUGCAGUCACGUUAUGUGCUUCAGACCAUGCCCCAUAGAUUGUGAAGAUGGGGUCCUCGGUCACAAAAUUCACUCGUUGGUGAGGAAUCCUGCUGAUAAAACCUGAUGCGUCCUUGGUGGAGGUAUUGCCAAAAACCAGUGUGUUUGUGUUGCUUUUUGCCUAUUUUAAAAUGUCAAAUAUAUUUGUGCCUGUGCUUAAGAUAAUUUGACUGUGGUGAUGUCUUCAUGAUUGUUUUGAGGCAAAUGAUGCCAGCCUAACCAUCCUGCUGACAUUUUCCGUAAUACAGCUUAACUCUCCCAAUUUGAUUUCUUUUAAUUCUGCUUGGUGCCAGGGACAAAAGUAAAUUUGUAAGGAUGGACUUUGAUAUGACUCUCUCAGGAUCCAGAGAAUCAAAUAGAAACCGUGCAAGAACACGAGUCCUUGUGGAGUCAUGUCUUCAUUCUGCCCAUGUCUAUAACUGCAUGUGUUACUGCAUGGUGAUCACGCUGUAAACAGUAUACAUUUACGGGAGGAUUUUUUUUGUUGUUUUUGUUCUCUGUACAUGUACGUAAUGUUUCUUAUUGUACUGUGCCACAUAAUGUACUCCACAGGUGACGAUGGUGAUGGUAUAAUAUCCAGCACAGAAAUAUCUAGGAAGGGAAUACUUGAAGACCAAUCAGGACAGUUUCUAAUCAACAUUAAUCAUCUGUGCAUUUUUCACAAUAUACAUACCAUUGUCUUUAUUUUAUUAAUCCAAGAAAAUUAGACUUAAAACCAAGUUGGUGCCAUGCUUCCAGGUCACAUGGCACAUUUAUCUGGUCAAACUGCUCGUAAUUUGGCAUAAUUUCUGUUCUGAAUGUUAUAUUGAAGACGGGUCAGAGUGUUUAGUAACAUUCUAUGAAUGUAUUGUUGAAGACUAAAUAUGUUCUUUACGUUUUCAUGUAUUCUUUACAAUAAAUGCCAAAUUAACUGA